UAAAUAAAUUCAGUGCCCCAGAAGGCACAGCGAUAAAUCUAUGCUGAUGUGGAACCGAGUAUAAAUACCGUUAUCGGCGUUCAUUGCAAUCAAAAAGUACUUAGCUUGAUAUUUGUAAGAUUACUAGACUAACCAUGAGCAAGGCAGAACUUUAUGUGGAACUCAGUAAAUUAAAUGAAAAGGACGGCGAGCGUGUUUUAAAAAAAUGUGCAGAGAUUGUCGAGUGGAGGGAGGACUGCGCCGUUUUGGACAUCGGGUGCGGACCGGGAAACGUAACCCACAAUGUGAUCGUGCCAGCCCUUCCCAAAGCGGCGCUUAUCGUCGGGAUUGACAAACAGCUUGCGGUGGUCGAUUACGCAAACGCAAAGUACGCCACCAACGAACCCAGGAUAAAGUUCGAGGCAGUGGACAUCGUCUCCGAUGGCGGCUUCGUUGCGAAUCACCGGGAAGACUUUCACCACAUCUUCUCGUUUUACUGCCUUCAAUUCGUGAGGGAAUUAGAGCUUGCUCUAAGGAACAUCUACACCAUGUUGAAGCCGGGUGGAAGUUUCGCCUUCAUAUGCUCGGUGCACAACGACUUCUUCUCGAUAAUGGCGCACAUGGCCAAAAUGGAAAAGUGGACCCCGCAUAUUUCCCAAUACGAAAACUAUUUAUACCCCUACGAGUCGACCCCACACCCUGACGAAGAAAUCCGAUCGCUACUGCUGAAAGUGGGCUUUCAGGUGAUGGAUCUCACCAUGAAUCCGCAACGCUGGAAGAUGCCAUUCGCCGAUGCUUCAGAAUUUAUCGUUUGUCGAAUCCCAUUCGAACUUCCCGGCGAGAUCCAGCGUGAAUUCGUUUUGGAGUCGGCAGAUGCAAUUCGAAGCUUGAAAAUGAACGAAGUUGAUGAGAAUGGAACGGAAUUCUUCAACUAUAAACUUACUGCAUUGGAGUGUCUAGCAGUGAAACCGCCCUUACUUUAAGGGUUUUGGGCUUAAGUACACAAAUAAACAUCAUUCUGAGUGCCAAACGAUUUCUCUUAUAUCAUUGCUCCAAGCGUUCAAUUCUUUUUUCAACCCCUGCGAUUGGGAUGGGGGUUAUUAGCGAAAAAUACUCUAAACAGAAUCACGCGCUCAUAUUCGUAUGUAUCCCUAUCUUUCUUCUCUAGGGGAUAUUCACCCCCCCCUCCCCCCGUUCUACAUCCUUCCCCAAAACCCCCCGGCACACGAUGAUCUUAUGACAGUUGCAGGAAGACGAACAUUCAAUCUACCUUCUCGGGUGGAGGAGGGGGUUAUUAUUAGUUCUCACUCUCAUUCUCUUUGUCUCCUCAUUCCCUUAUUUGCAGAACCCAUGCUGUCAAGAGAUGGCGCUGAAGCUCGACUUUCUAACCUGCGCCACAUUUCAACGAUCAGAGGCGGACUGGGUACUUACGGGCCAGGUGGAAUUGCAUAGGUUACGGGCCAUUAAAGUAUUAGUGUA